AUGGAUGAUGAAGACACCAUCGAAAAACGUCGUCAGCGAUCAGAUGAAGCUCGCCGUGCUGCUAUGAAGCUGAAAACGCAGCAAAAGAGUGAACGAGAUCGUCAAAUUGCAGCAGAUAUUGCGAAUGUGGACAAAAAAGCCACGAAGCGUAUUGUUUUUGAAUCAGAAGACGAGGAAGAGGAGAAAACUGCUGAAAGCAAACAAAAAUCAACUAAAUCAUCAUCUUCCAGCAGCUCAAAACGUCCUAAACUUUUUGAAGAUUCUGGAGACGAAGAUGGACAAGAAAAGGAUGAUGAAUUUGAAAUCAAAAAUCGUCAUUCGGGACCAAAAGGAGAACAACUCAUGAAAAUGGAAGCACGAUUCAAUAGUGAUCCCCGUUUCAAAUUAGACGACAAGUUCGCAGAAAGUGAUUCGGAUGAUGAUGGGAAUGAAGCUGAAAAUGCAGAAAAACAAGAAAUGAAGAUGGAGAAAGACAAGAACCGAGAGCUUCUUUCGAAGAUUCUUGGUAAAAGUGUAGAAGAGAAGAAACCGAAGACAGCGGAAACUGCAACUCUCAAAGCACGCCCAUUCACUCGUUUCGAUCCUGAAAAUCCUGAACAUGUUGCAUGGAUGAAAGAAUUCGAGGCUUCGAAAAACCCACAGAAAGCGAAGAAAACGACCGAAACAGAAGACAAAGCCAAAGAUUCUGAUGACGAAGAAAAAGAGGACGAGAGUGAGAAAAAUGCGGAAAAAGAAGCAUUUGAAGGUGAAAAUGAUGUUGAAAGUGGAGACGAAGAUUUUGAGAAAGCUGAAAUUUUUUUCAAGAUGGACGAGGGAUUCACGAAAGAGAUGAAAGAACGGAAAGAAACAGGAGAAUCAUCCGCAGGUGGCUUCUCAUUUUUGUCUAUGAUGGGAAGAAAGUACGAAGACGAAGUAGAUGAAGAAGAAGUGGAAACUGUGAUUGAAAAAAACGAGUUGGUGGAGAAAAAGAAAUCAAAACCUGUAGACAAGUUGGAACACGUGGAAAAAGCGUUACUCAAAGUUAAAGUUUCCACAAAAUUUUUCGUUGAUCCACUUUCGGAUGAGAAGAUUAAGAGUUUGGCUGCGAAUUUCCGACGAACACAGACAGUUGAAAAGGUUAUCGAUAAAUGGGCGCCUCAUCGAGAUGCUAUUUUCAAGUUAUGGAAAAAGCAACGACGUGAUGCUGUAAAGAAGCAAAAGGAAUCUUUCUUCACAAAUGGCAAACGGAAAAGAAAAGCGGACGAUGAAAAUGGAGAGGCCACUAUGUCAUUUGCCGAUAUUCUAGAUGCGAAACCGAAAGAGCCGAAGCUCUAUCAAUUGCUUGGGUGUGACGAAAAAUCAACAACGGAUCAAAUCAUAGCAGAGUAUCGAGCCCGUGUCAGAGACUUCCAUCCAGACAAAGUGUCGAAGAAUGAGGAUUCUACUGGUUCGACAGAGAAGUCUUUUCUCACUUGUAAAGCGCUUCUGCAGUUUUGUAUGAACGCUUACUCGUUUGACGGUCUUGUCGUUGCUGCUCUUUUAUUCAUUUGCACUUGUGCAUAUUUGAAACGUGUUCCACGAGUUAGUAGUUGGUUGCUCUCCGAAAAGAAAGGAUUCUUCGGCGUUUUUUAUAAAGCCGCUGUAAUUGGUGUCCGCCUUCAUUCAUUCGUCGCCCUCUCGUGUCUCACCGCUGCCGUUUACCAGAAAACCACUCUCCCAAAGGGUGUCAAACAGAAGGUCAAGAAGGUUAAGAAGGAAGGACCAAAAAAGGGAAAAUUCUUGCACAUCGCUCCCAAAAAGGCUCAUAUUAUUGAAGCAGAAAAAGUCUCCGCCCACGUCACCAAAAUCAUCAACGACAAGAACGAAGAAAUGGUUAAAGGACGUGCUGAUACUGCCGUCGGAAAGAAUAAGAAAUGA